UAUUCUCGCUAGCUAGCUAUUAUAUUAUUAUUCUAAGUGAAGCGUGCGGCUAGUUUAGGACAUUGAUAGCUUGUAUUUGUGCAUCUACUGGUUAAUCAAGCUGGCAUUUCUUGGGCUCUAAGAUAUGCCAGCUUAUUGCAAAAAAUGAAUAUCACAAGGUUGGAUACCGUGGCAUUUCUUGGAUACCAUGUUCACUGCCAUUUCUGGGUUCCUUGGACGGGACUGGAUUAGUCCAAGAAAUGAAUAUCACAAGGUUGGAUUGGAUGGAGUUUUACAAUUAUUUAACAAUUAUAUUUUCCAUGUAAAUUUCAAAUGACCCUCUUUGAAGUUUUUUCGAUUAUAAAAUAAUGUUCUUUUGGAAAUGUCUUCAAGUAAAUUAGUAUAGGGCAGCACUUUUGGACUUUACAAUUUUGCAGUCUCUUCUCUGUGUGGUAAAAAGAUUUUAAAACUCUCAUAUUAUAUCUUUUUUCAAGGGUACACAAGAAUUUACUUGUGAAAUCAGUAGCUUCAGGUCAAAGGGAUCUGAUUUGCAACAAGAAUUAAUUAAUUAUGUUCAGAUGGGAUAUUUUUGCUAAUUAAUCCUCAAAUGAUCCAAAUCCCUUUCCACCUGACUCUGCCAAGUGCCAUCUAUAUAUGAUAUUAUAUUGUCUCAGUUGAGUCCUAAAAUACAAUUCUGAAUACUGCAGCCAUCUGUCUGCAAUUAUUUUCAAAGAGUACCUUAAGGAAAAAAAUGAUUUUAUAGUAGGUUUUUAGGAUUGUUUAGAAGCGAGAGGUGUAAGCGUGCCACUAUAAAAACUCAACUUUAUACUCUAUCCAGCUUUCAAUUCGUCUUCUUCUUUGUUUCUUAUGUAAUCUUCAUGAAUUUGUGGAAGGUCUUGACAAUAGAAAACCCUAAGUGCAUAGAAUCUACAUCGAUAAAGCCGCACAAAUGAUUAGAACACCACAAAAGUCGAUGUGGGAGACUUAAUAAUGAAUCCCACAUUUUAUUAAACUCUUAAACUCCUGAAAUCCUCCAUGCAUUUAGCAGCUGGAUUGAGCUACAAGUUUCCAGGCCCUUCAUUAAAAGCUUAGCUGUUCACGCGUCUCUCUUUAGUCCUUUAUAUUGCCCAUUCUUUCAAUCUCUUCUCUCCCCUCAUAUCGACUUCAAAUUGUGUGAAUAUGACUGUACAUAGUGAUAUUCAUGCAGAAAAGCCAGCAUCUGAAGAUAUUCAUGCAGAAAAGCCAGCAUCUGAAGCUAUAGUACUAGAGAACGUGUGGGCGAGCUUUAUCGGUGUGGAUGGACCGAAAAACGCAACAGAAUUGUCUCAAUCCUGGGAAGAUAUGCCUCCUCUUGAUGGGAGAGAAGGUUCAAUGGAAGUUCUACAAAGGCUACCAAGUCUAGGUAGGUGGAUAUCAAUGGGAACUGAGGCCUGGGAGGAGCUUCUGGACAGUGUUGUUGGUCCUGCACAAAAUACGGAGCAGUCUUGCAAUGACAAGUUAGAAGGCAAUGGAGCUACAAAUUCGGAAUGUGAAGCAAAGGUCGAGAGAGCAAAGAAAGUGGAAAUUGUGAAGCACUACCGCGGAGUUAGGAGGCGGCCGUGGGGCAAGUAUGCAGCAGAGAUUAGGGACUCAACAAGAAAGGGGACUAGGGUUUGGCUUGGGACUUUUAAGACUGCUGAGGAGGCCGCUUUGGCUUAUGACAAGGCUGCUUUGAGAAUUAGAGGCUCAAAGGCACAUCUUAACUUCCCCCUUGAAACAGUUGCAAAGGCUAUGGGAUUGGAUUGCUUCAGCAUUUCUUCAUCCUCAAUCGGUUCGAAUCCUCGGAAGAGAGGGUUGAGCGAUUGGGAAGAAAAUGUUGAGGAAAGAAAACCAGCAGUGAAGAGGAAGGCAAGCAUUCAUAAGAUGUGUUAUCAUGAAUUUGAUGUAUUUGAGUUCCAAGACCUGGGAAGUGACUACUUGGACAGUUUGCUGUCUUCUUUUUGAAGAACAUGAUGUGUAACUUCCAUUCAAACUAGCCUUACAGAAAGAGAAAGCAAUUUCUAUUUAAAAAAAUAGCAAAACAUUAUAUACUUACAUACAAUUUCUCGUGGAAUCUGCAUACAUUAAUCAACAAUUAUAGUGUGCCUUGUUAAGAUUUUAAUAAAGGAUAGUGACUCGCCAACUUAAGACACAUCAGCAGGUGUGUUAGGAUUUUAUACAAAAGGUUUCCAUGUUAUAACCACUCUUGUAAUUUACU